UCCUGGAGGAGAAUGUGGCCUCAAGGGGCCAUUUUUGUGGCCCUGCCCCUCCUGGGGCCCAUCCUGGUCUGGCUCCUCGCCCCUCAUAGGAUGUCUGGUUGGUGUGACAACCCGAGGAAACUGCCCUGGUGCCCACCCUACAGAAUCUUGUUGCUCGUGUGGACAGCCAUCUACUCCGUCAUGGGCUAUGCCUCCUACCUGGUGUGGAAGGACCUCGGAGGGGGCUUCGGGCGGCCCCUGGCCCUGCCUCUCGGCCUCUAUGCUGUGCAGCUCGCCAUCAGCUGGACCUUCCUGACUCUCUUUUUCGCAGCCUACACCCCUGGCCUGGCCCUGCUGCACCUGCUGCUGCUCUACGGGCUGGUGGUGACCACGGCGUUGAUCUGGCACCCCAUCAACAAGCUAGCUGCCCUGCUCCUGCUGCCCUACCUGGCCUGGCUCACUGUCUCCGCUUCCAUCACCUACCGCCUGUGGAGGGACAGUCUUUGUCCAGAGCACCAGCCUCAGCCCGAGGGGGAGAAGAGCGACUGA